AUGCUCAAUCCUACAAUGAAGCGAUGGAAGCUUGAGCGCUGUCUUUUCGCACGGGAUGCUCUCAAUUCUAUUCACGAGCGAUACCGCGCCUCUGGUCUAUCGAUCGUUGAGUUUGCCAAAACGCAGCCGCCAAGCCUGCUGCAAACUGCUCUUAUCCAGCGCAUUGACAAUUGUUACGAGGACGAAGUGAUGUCGAACGCAAGUCACGAUGAUUUAAGUAAGGGUGCGACCAUGGCACGCAAAAUGCAGCUCAUGCAAAUCUUUGAUCAGAAGACUUUGCCUGAGUCGCUUCGCCCCUACCUCGGUAAAAUGGCAGCUGCCGAUGACUUGGACUAUUGCGAAGACAAACUGGCAUCUGGCCAUCACAUGAAGCAAAUCCUCGAAUAUGUCAAGCAGCGGGAGGAUGGGCUAGCCUGGAGGAGAAAAAUGGAGCAGCUCAUGCUGGUCUGGUAUAUACGAGCAAUCAAAUCCAGAUUCAAGGAGUUACCAGAGAAGCUCCGUACCCUUCUUGGUGAUGCCGGCAAGCAAGACAAUCUCCUACAGAAGAGAUUGAAUGACGAGAUAAAUUCGAUUUGUAUGGCAACAGUACUCUUUGAGCUUUGGGUGCAAAUGAGUAAGAUCAACCAGAAGAGAAAAGAGGGGGCUCCCCGCGCCGUCUUUGAUCUGGUUGUGGCUCACCAGCUGGCAGACAAAGAUGGCAAGUUGACCACUUCUGAUGGUCGCCAUUUUACUGCAGAAAGCCAAUUCUUCCAGCUUCGAUGCGACACUGACUCCUGCUAUGGCACAUUCACGCAUCUGGCAUCCGUCUGGGAUCUCGUCAAACACAUGCAUACGCACAAGGCGCCAUUCAAGCAUCAGCUUUGGUUUGUGCCAUUGAUUGACGCAGAUUCACCUCUACUGAGAAUCAAAUCUCUGAGGAAGUAUUACGUUCCGGGGCAUUACUCCCGGCAUUUGGAUGCACCAAGCACUCGACCCAUGCAUAUUGACUACCACACUGGCGAUUACGAUGGUGAACACUCCCACCCCGUUUCCAAUUACUCUGACGAGGCCGCCGAACACUGGUCCGACGGCGAAGACCUUUCUCAAGCUGAUGCAAACGGAGUUGGGAUGAAUGAGAACGAGUCCGGUUCGGGAGAGGACGAGUACGUCUCUGCUGCUGAUCCUAUGUUGGAGUAG